CUACCUUUCAGAAAUCCCAUCCCUUUCCGUUUGGAUCAGUAACUGCAACACUGAAACUAACACCUGUACAUACCUGUAACAAUCUUCUCGAGUCGAGCAAUAAAUAUAGAGAAAGGAACCCUUCUGUCUUUUAUUUCAAUCUCUCUUCUUUUCACUCCUUUUCUACACUAAAAUCUUGAUUUUGGUCAAGAAAGAAGACGGAGGAGCAAGUGUCGAUGACAAUAAAAGAUUAUGACGAAGAAGAUAUUUUGGACGACGCUGCUACCUCCAAAACCGAAGAUUCGUCUGAUCAUCACGAUAUACUCACGCAUUUCGCUCGAAAAGGAACGAUCAAGACUGGAAAAGAAACAUAGGAAUACGUAUCAAUGAAGACUCAAUUCCUUAUGGGCAUAAAACAAUAUGCUAACGAUACUGAGUUUAUUGCCUUACACAAGAACAUGGGAUUUACUCCGCUCAAGCUAGCUAGGUUUUUUGUGCUUACAAGUUUUGAAAAGGUGAUUUUGCAGAAGAGAGGAGCCCUUGGAGAUGCAAAGGUUGACCAUGGUUGGUUUGGUGCUUCAAAGGAGGAAAUUAUUCAAAUAAUUUCUUAUGGUUUUAGUUGGUGUAAUGGUCAAUCACACGGCCUUGGUGUUUAUUUGUCUCCUUUCGAGUUUCUCCUUGACGCGGUGAAAUUUACAAUUGCUGAUGAAAAUGGCAUGAGGUAUAUGCUGUUAUGUUAUUUGACAAUGGGGAAUAUGGAAGUGAUUCCGGCAGGUUCGAAGCAAGUAUAUCCGAGUUCAGUGGAAUUUGACACCGGUGUUGACGAUCUUGAAGCACCAAGAAGAUUGCUUGUGCGGAGUGCUUUCAUGAAUUCUCACAUCUGUCCUGCUCCUGCCUGCAACAUAACUUUUAAGGCCCCGUUUUUUGGUUUUGUUUUGUCAAGAGAUCAAAUCAGUGAACUCCCUGGAAUUUCUUUAAGUUUCCACGGAAGUGCCUCGACUUUUCCUGCUUUGUUUCCUAUACUGGCGACUGUUAUUGGUCCAGCCAAGGCGGUUUGAUUUACAAAAGCCUUGUAGACAAAAGAGCAAAUGAUCCAGACUAGAGGCGGAUCAUUGGGAACGACCGGCGAUUGAUUGCAAUAAUUAAAUCCAGCAUAGACAAGAAAUAGAGACAAAGCAGAAAUAGGCCUGUAUGACAGUCAAUCCAAUUAUUCUUGAGAUUUUGGCUUGCUUCUGUGCAAACGUUUGACAAGACAAGCAUGGGCUUUGAAUGGAUCUAGGAUUUCACGGGAAGUAUGGCUGCGGCGAGCGCAUCCAGCAGCAAGGAUGGCGGCAGAGUCAACAAAUGAUAGCAGAAGGGAAUUGCAUAGCUUAUUGAUGGCCCUCUUCUAGAACAUGUUACCAGAGUUGUUUGUGGUGUAAUAAGGCUUCUUCAUCACUUCAUUCUGAUGCCAGAAUCAUGAAAGUAGGUAGCAUCUUUUUCUUCAAAAAAGGAAGCGAACAUCAAACCCUGUAUCACCUUCCAAGAAAUCCAUUUAGUUCCAGAGUAAUGGAUGUCAAUAUCCAGACAGGCGGAAAAGAAGUACCAAUGUUGCUAUAAAAUGGUGAUUUGACUAUAAUAAUCCCUGAAAGAUGAAGUACCAAUGAAAUUGGAAUUGGCUUACUGAAAGAUAGAACUUAUUUCCUGGAACA